AUGUCGGAAAGGGCCGAUGAUGACGUCAGGGGGGAGCAGCGCAGAGUGGCCAGGCAGCUAAAGCAGCAACAGCAGCAGAUCCAGCGGGGAGAAGGCUCCACAGCAAUGGCGACUGUUGCGGAGCGCAGAUCCAUGCCUAGUCCAGAAAUAAUGUUGGGACAGCCUUGGAGCAGCUGGGUCAAUGCUGCCAAACUCCACGGCAACGACGGUGAGUGCUCGUGCGUACUGGAUGUGUGUGUAGAAUCGAGACAUAACGAUGAUCGUGAGCUUUUUUGCCGAUUGCGUGCAGUUUUUGGAAUAUGAAGAAACGCUACUGGUAACAACAGCAGAAGCAAGCAAGUGCAACUAUUUAUCUCAGUGUGUAAUCGAUUGCCUCUUUUAGGUGCUGAAUCAGAGGAAAGUUUGAAAGAGUUCGGGAAAAAUCGAGAAGCCAUGCGACUGUGCAGAGAUGGUGAGUGUUCUCGCUUUUGUCAAAGCCAAGGUGUGUUUUGGAUUUGUUGGGUUGCACCGGCUGAAAUCUGGUUGUUCUGUUUAACAAGUGCACCAGACUGACCGGUGACAACAAAAGUCUGAUCAAUCAAUGAUAUAGCCCAGGAAUCUGUGGCCACUAGUUGACACCUUGAAGAGGGGGCUCCUAUCCUCUGACCCUAAGUAGGUGCACACCACAGGUAACAACCAGGGCUUAUUCAGUGGGGUGGAAAAAUAUACAUGUAAUGUAAUAAAGCUGAAAUGUAUGUUUGUCUUACACAACAGAGAAUUAUAAAUCUAUUUUACACCAUAAUUUCUGUCUGACUGUUAAGUAUCAUUGUGCCCACCUGAAAAAGCCUGUGUGCACGGUUAGGGGAUGGGCACACUCAGUGUGGUGAUGGCACUUUCACAGUUAAAAUGGGUGCAAUGAGGCUUUCAUUAAAGCUAGAAUCUUAAUUGAAACAAUAAGAAAGCGGACUCCCCGCCUCUGUUUUGGUUAAAAGCUGAGGGAAGGGCCUGGAGAAAUAUAACUGUUCGCAAAUUCAUAGAACAAGUCAUAGAUGCAAGGACUAACCAUCCAUGAUAUCAGACUUAGAGUUUUAUUCAUGUUUUGAGGCUAUACAGUGUUUGUUUACAUUUACAUUGUUUACAAACAUUGGACUAAAACAAGCUUAUAAGCUAUAUUCUUCAAGAAUCAAUGCAUAUAUAUAUAUAUAUAUGUGUGUGUAUAUAUCUUUUUUUUUAAAGUCCAAAAAUGAAUGUAGCAACUAAGGAUUCUAGCUUUAAAGUGGCAAUAUGUAACUUUUUGGGCAACCUGACCAAAUUCACAUAGAAUGUAAGUUAUAGGUCUAUAAUUCUACUUGAAAUUAAGUCUAUGAAGCGGUAGAUCUGUUUUAUGUGUGCUAUUUCUAAGCUUCCCAUUCUUAAGUUUAGUUUUAGUGUUUUUUUUUUUAACUUAAAGUUUUGUACACCAGCUUCAAACAGCUGAAACAACAAUAUUUUUGAUUUUGGAAAAUAUAUUUCACAGCAUUUUAGAUAGUAUAGUGUAGAGAUUCAUUUUACCAUCUUAUUUUGUCACAUAAACUGAAAUUAGGCAAACUAUUCGAGUUUUGGCAACCAGGAAAUUGCGCCGCGAUUUCUGCAUAGUGCAACUUUAAGAAUAACUGCUAUUCUUGUUGGAAACGGUCUAAAACCUCAGAUGGCUUUCCUAUGUUAGUUGAAUAUUUAUAGUGCUACUAAAGUACUACACAUUCACAUCUUUGUUUAGCACAUAUUUAUAUUAGCACACUCAAUAAAGUACUCAUAAUUUACAAUAUUAACAACAAAGGAUGACCUUACUCUUUGUUUUGGCUGCUAUGAUCUAUAAUUGAUUUAUUACAUGGGUUGGUGUCAGUGAUCUGAUCAAGGCUGUCUUGAAAUGUUAAUUACCAUGCUAUAAAAUUAGAGAAGCCCAAGGCUGUAUGUGCAACACUGACAUAACAAAAAAAUUGAAUGCAGUCAAACGCAUUUAAUUAUAUUUUGCCACAUAGCCAUCAGAAGGCAUAGUGGUCCUUUUGCAAAAAAAAUCUGAAGAAUAUUAUGUUUUUUAGUAAUGGUGACAAAAACGGUGCUGUAAAUAGUCACUCUAGGCUGAAGUUACCCGUAAGCACAAAUCUAGGAUCAGCAUAGCCAAUCCUAACCUUUAGUAUAGUAACAAGAUACUGUCCUCAGUGUAAAGUCACGCUACAACUUGAUUCCCAAAAAGCAACUUGUAAAAGUAAGCACUAUACAUGUAAGGACAUCAUGUACUGCACACAGUCAGUCUAGUCUUUACUCACUGUUUGGGAAGUAAGAACGGAGAUGAGAAAAUAGUCUGUUCUAUUCAUUAAAUAUCUAUAAGGUGAAAGCUAAAUUCUCCCUUAAUAAGUUACCCCACUUAUAGUCAAGAGAGCAGGGGAAACGCCUCGAUCACACCUACAGUGUCAUUGCGUUUUGGUACACCAGAAGUACAUUCAUUUCCAAUGGAACACUGUUUGCCUUGCAGCAUUGCGUUGCAGAGGCAGUUGCAGUGCGUUCUGUGUGUUGCAUAUGUUAGAUUUCAAGAACGUAUGCAUCAAAUUGUAUGCGUAGACGGCUUGACGGAAAUGGUCGCAGAAGGUGAAUGUUGAACUUUUGUUGCACACAUAUCCAGAUGAGGUGUGAUUGAGGCUAAACUCACCCCUGAAGUCCUCUAUAGCUGUCAUGUGUCAUAGGCCUACACUUGUGAUGUCAGCAAUACGUAGGCAGCUCAUUUCAGACUUUUCCAAAUAGCUUUUUUUCAUGUUGAAAUGGAAGGGGUUAUAUACUGUAGCCUACUUGUCAGGGCACUUAUCUAACAGUGCAUUUGCAUUGGCAAACAAUGGUGCCAGUGUGCGCACCGCAGUGACAUUGCACAAUUAAGAACAAAUCACUUGUAUGCUAGAGGUCUCACAGAAGCCAUAACAGAAGACCAGACCUGUCUGAUUUACACACUUAUUUCCAGGCGUAAAAGGAGCCAAAACUGUUCAGCAAAGCACCUGGAUCCAGACAAUUUUGACAUGACCUUCAUUUACAUCUUAACUUUUUCUCAGGAAGACCAAGAAGCUUGUUGACAGAAUGUGAUCAGGAAAGUCACUGUUGUGCUACUGCAUUAGUCCAGCUACAAUAGCCUAUUAUUACAGUGAUUCAGGAAACCUUUUCUUUGUGUCAUUUAGUGCUUGUUGGAUCACUAAGAGGAGUAUGGACCAGAGCUCGGUUUGUGUAGAAUAUGUAAUUGAAAUGGGGAUAAUGUUGGCUCCAAAGGUUCGAAGACAGUUCCAUUUUAGUGAGAAUGCUAAUUCAAUUGGUUGUUUUGAUACGUUUGGUGCCAAUGUGGAAGAUAGUUUUGUCAAACCAUAUAUCUACACACCUGAUGGGGACUGAGAAUGUAUGCCACUGCCCGCUGAUUCUGCAGAGGUGAAAUGUGGCAGUGUCUCAUAGUAGGUGUUGGCACUGUGAAACAGCACCAGCUACAUGUCUGAAGGCCUCAGAGUCUGGGCCUUGUUCGUCAGGCAGAGGAUUCCGGAACUGUUUGAAAGGACCUGAACAGACGAAGUGAAAUAUCACUUCUUUUUGAAAAUGAAUGGAAAUAUUUGCUCAUUUUAGUAGAAUGAGAACAUGACCUGAACAAGACCCAGAUGUUCUGAACUUUGUUUUUCCCUAAUUGUUUGUGUGACCUGCAGGAUCCAAUGGGAUGAUAUUAGUGCAGUAAACUGCUGUCUGUAGGAAAACAGGGGAGCACUGAUCGUGUCCUAAAAACAUCAAUAGAAUAGAAUACGACUUUAUUGUGUCCAUUGGUUAGAACAGAAAUGUGUCUUCUGCCUUUCCCAACACCCAGAGGUACACACACACUCGUUGAGAGGCACAGGGUCAGCAGCAGUGCAGCAUCCCUGGAUGGAGAGCAAUUGUGGGGGGCUAAGUGCCUUGCUCAAGGGCACAACUGCAGGAGAUGAUACAUGGGAUCAGAGACCAGCAGGCUGCCAGUUCAGUUCCAUUUCCAUUUUUCUGUUGACCAGCCUAGGGCUUUAACCAGCAACCUUGCGGCUGCUGGGCCUCUCUAACCUUGAGGCUACUGCCACAAAUGCCUUCCUUUCCUCAUUCUCUCUACCUCAUCACCAUGUAUAGGUGCACGCACUGGAUAGGGUUUCCACCAUAAUGGCCUCACCUAUCACAGCCUCACCUAUUGAUUACAGUUCAGUGGUCUUGAAAGAAAAGAGAUGAGUACAGGACGGCUGAUGCUAGGGUGUGUCCUUAGUUGGACUGCAGGCCUACUGGCUCCACACACACCAGCUCCUCUCCUGUGUUUUAUAUCACAUUGGGUCCACAAACUCCUACAUGCUCAUCAGGUCUGGAGUGUGUCCUCUUGUCUUUGUCUCCUAGCACAUUGUCAUUCAGACCAAGCCUUGUGAAAUGGGGGUACUAUGGCUUACCCUGUGGAUGACUACACCACUACCAUGACUCACCACAUAUCUCCCUGGUGGAAAAGCCGUUCCUACGCACGCACACACAUACACACACACGCUCCAGAGUCCAGACAUGACACACUCACAUAUUGGAACAUGACUGAGGGAUUCUCUCCUCUGAUCUGCUUCUGAGUUCACUCACUCCCAUAUCUCUGACUCGCCUUCACCUAUUUGACUGAUAGCAGACUGAGAGGGGGAGGCUGGGGAAUGUAGUGGCAGCAGGUCAGAGGUUGCUGCCCUGUGUCUGUGUGUGCAGUCAGCCUCUGUGCUGUGUGCCUCCAAUAGCUGCUACUACUCUACCUAGAUCAUUCAUCACUGCCAUGGAAAAGGAUGGUGAAAUUAACUUCUCUCUCUCUCACACUCUCACUCUCACUCUCACUCUCACUCUCACUCUCACACACACACCUUCACCCGCUCUCCCUCUCUCAUCUCCAUACCACACAAGUAAAUGGAGAAUGAAAUGGCACAAUGGAGCUUCACCACUUUUGAAGUCAGGCGCUUCAAGUGCAGUGCCACUGCCAUGUCCUGAAUGCAGAGUGGACUGGUGAUUCAGCUCAUUUAAGCGACCAAUGGACACCCAUGAUAGCCAGUGUGAGCUUUUGCAUAGGAAUUUAAUGCGACUCCUAAUUUUUCCUAUGAAAACAAUUUCACCUUGUCAACUUUGUUUUCCACUCAUUUAGAUAUGAAGGGUUUGUUCUUAAGAAGGUACGGUUGCAUUUAAAUCAUUCGGUAGUAGACCGUAACUCUGUUUGGUAGGCCUAUGAACUCUUUAUAUGUUAAUUAACCAGACAUUUUCAUCUGAGCCAGUAGUCGAUACUUCCACCUCAGUGGUAGGAGCUGACACUUAGUGAAGUGGGCCCAGACACUAACCCUGUGUGAAGUAUGGGUCGGCUUGUUAAUUCCCGCUCCACAGCAGCAAAUGACUUCCCUAAGAGCACAGGUAAGCUUUUGUGUGGACAUCGCUUGGUGACGUUUCAAGUGUCCUCAGCUGUGUGUGUGUUUACAUUUUUUACAUUUGAGUCAUUUAGCAGACGCUCUUAUCCAGAGUGACUUAAAGUUAGUGAGUGCAUACAUUUUUCAUACUGGCCCCCCGUGGGAAUCGAACCCACAACCCUGGCGUUGCAAACGCCAUGCCCUACCAACUGAGCUACAGGAGGCCUCGUCUGCCAUGGCGGUCAGGCGGGCGCUCUGGGUGGUUUCAUAAUUAGCCCCUUCAUUAGCUCUUUGUAGUUCUCCUUGUGAGGGUCUCAUCUUCUAACGUACCCCUCUGAUUUCCAUGAUCAUGAGGCUUUCACCAAAAAAGGAGGGAGUCGUUUGUGAGUGGUGGUGUUGAAUCCAUCAAACAACCAAUCGGAUCUGUUUACCUAGCAUUUAACUAACACAACGACUGACAAAGGUUAAAUAUUUUGACAUUGUUAACUGCAUUCAACAGGUAAUGUGGUUUUCUUGACACGUAAGAUAACAUGCAUUCCUGUGAAUGAUGGUGUCCUUUUUUGCCUGGAUGAAUUUAUUUAUUUGAAUAUUUGCAGGUAUGGUACAUUAAAGCCCAAAUGGCAGUCUCUCUAUCGCAGUUGCUCUCCAUUCUCUCUUGUUUAUUUGAAGUCGCAUAUCAUUCAGAGACUCUGCCACUGGCUGUAUUUCUCCUGCCUACUUUGUUGUGUAGCGAGUCUGUGUGUGUGUGUGUUUGUUUCUGCAGCAGGUAACCUUUGGAGUGCUGGCUCGGUCCUCUUUAUCAUUUACAUUUACAUUUUAGUCAUUUAGCAGACGCUCUUAUCCAGAGCGACUUACAGUUAGGUAUCACUAGGUAGUUUACGUAAACGUAGUUUCCUCUACUGUGAAAUGGGGCUAGUACCUAGGAGUACCCUCUGCGUUUGUAAUCUCUGCACCUGUACAAUCAGUUUUUCUCUGCAAUGAUUUAUCAACCAUAACCAUCCUAGAGUAUUUAAUGCUAGUCUCCAUCUCCCUCCAUAACACAGCAUGGUUUGAAAUGUUUCAUUCAGCAACUGCCUGUGUCUACCUCCUACAGUUUAGGCCAGAUACUGGUUAUCUUCAUCCUGUUAACCUGUGUUUUUCUCUCCCCCAUGGAACCACAGACAUGCCCAUAUUUGGCCAGUGUCCAGCACAGGAUGACUUCUACCUGGUGAUGUGCAGCCACUGCAGUCAGGUGGUGAAGCCCCAGGCCUUCCAAGCGCACUACGGUAAGUCUCUCACACACACACACACACACCACUCAUGCAAACAUUGUCCCUAAGGGCUGAUCCAGGGUCGGGGUUUAUAUUGUUUUGUUUUAUAGCUCUCCUGAUGGGAAAGGUUUGGGCAGGGAGAGAACUAGGGAUGGGAAUUGCCAGGGACCUCACAAUACGAUAUUAUCACAAUACUUAGGUGCCGAUAUGUGUUGAGAUUCUCACAAUUCUAUAUGUAUUGUGAUUCGAUACUGUGAUUUUAUUUGCGAAACAUGUCUGCAGCAGAGGGACAAGAUAGAGCCAUGAGAAAACAACAUGUUUUGAUCAGUCAAAUUGGCUACCUAUUUAAAAAGAUGGAGAAUAAGCUAUGAAGGAAAAAUAGUUUUGGUGCAGGUACAGCCAAUUAGCACAAAAGUAAUAUUGCAAUAUUGUCAAAACGAUACGAUAUAUCAUCAGAAAUAUCCCGAUAUGGAACUGUAUUGAUUUCUUUCCCCCAUCACUAGAGAGAACAUUCUAGACUUGUGCUUUGGGGAAAUCUGCUUGGCACUAAUCUCUGUCAGGAUGGCACACUACUGUGUGUGUGUGCGCAUGUUCAAACACUAUCAACCUCAGGAGGAUUAAAAGCACACCUCCCGUUCUCCACCUCUAACAUGAGAAAGGAGCACUCCGGCUUUUGAUUUCCACCGCCUGAGACUUGUGUUUUCAAUUCUCCUGUUAAUAUUUGAUUUGCUCCUCCAAGUCCAUUCCUCUGUGUGAGUGCAGCCUAAUUUAUUGUUUUAGCAUGUUAAGCUGUCCCUGAGACAUCUGAAGAUGUCUAAAACAUACUAGUUUCCCUCUCCACAGUGUGUUAGUUCUUAAACUGGCUCUUUGGCCGGCACGCUGGAAAGAAUUGAAUUUAUUAUGGAUUUCAGAAUCAAGGGAUCGCUUUGCUGUGUAUCUCGUUAAAACCAGCCUGUUGAACCCUCUAUGCACACACUUGCGGCACGCACACAGACACACACACACACACACCCCUGUGCUUCAGUGCAGUUAAGGGAACUGCUCUGUCCACAGACACAGUGAGUGCCUAUGAGCCAGUGUGGUGGUGUUAAAUGUAAACUCUCUCGCUCUCUCUUUCUCUUUCUGGUUAGUUCCUCUCCACGGUGGGCUGUUAUGCGUCAAUUGGCAUGUAUAAUUCAUUUAUUCCAGCUGUUCUUUAGGUCAAAGUUUGGAGACCUUUUAAAAUUGAUUUCAGUGCACUCUUCCACUUACCGUUAUCAUUGAUACCUCUAGUAAAGAAGAGCAAGGUGCUUUCUGUUGUUCCUUGAGCCAUUUCAUUUAAGGAUUUUUGUCAAUGAAAUAGCCUAGUCUAAACUGGCAGAUAACCUUAUGUUAUGGGUCAUUCUUCAAUAUUUUAUCGUUUUAUCAUGUUUUCUAACACAUACUGUAUAUUGGAUAGGUCAGUGUUCCGACUCCUCACUACAUUGACAGAGGGAGAGCGUUCUAAUCUUUUAGGCAUGCUUUCAGAGGCUUUAGUAUGGAUCUUUCAGUCCUUAUAAACUAAUGAGUUUGUAAAAUUGCAUGCAAGCAGUUUGCUUUUUAAGCUAAAUUGGAAUAUUAAUUUUCUAGUGUAAUCCUGGUGAGCCUCUAGCCUAUAUCUUCCUGUGGGUGUCAAAACCAAUGCCUCAAUGGCACAUCCUUCCAUUUCUACUCUGGGCUGAUCACUUAAGUCCAUCUGUGUCCCAAUAUGCAUACAUUACUACACUGCACUUUAUGUUGGUGUGGACAUUGGGAUCAAUACCAUUAAAAGUGUCCAGUCAAGGCCACAGGGCUUCAAAGGAAUCACUACUGUCCUUUUUACUAUGGGGUGUUUGUUUCUUUCUCAAAGGAAAGAUUGAAUGAAAAGCUAGGCCUAUAAUAUUUCAUAACUGGUUGUUGCUGGUUAUACAGUUAUCAGGAUUGGCCACAAGAUGGAGACACAAUAGCACUCAAGUGUCAUUGGGAACACUCAUUGGUCGUGUGUCAAGAGUCAAGACAGCAAUCAUGGACUAAUGGCACGUGAAUAGAUUAAGCAACUACAGAAGUUCAUACUUUCCACAAAUUGAGGUUAGCCUAGUGCUGGUGUGGUUGCACCUGACUACUAUAGCUUAGUAGUUCAUUAACCUCUACGGGAUCAAUUUGUAAGUUGCUCUGGAUAAGAGCGUCCGCUAAAUGAUGUAAAUGUAAAUGGGAUCGGUGUCCCGUAUACGGGACAGUUGAGCUAACGUGCGCUAAUGUGAUUAGCAUGACUGUUGUAAGUAACAGCAAACUUUCAAGGACAUAGACAUGUCUUAUAUGGGCAGAACGCUUAAAUUCUUGUUAAUCAAACUGAACUGUCCAAUUUACUGUAGCUAUUGCAGUGAGAAAAUACCAUGCUAUUGUUUGAGGAGAGCGCACAACAACAAAAAACGUAUCACGCCAAUUGGUUUGAUACAUUCACCUCUGAAGGUAAAUAAUGUACUUACAUUCAGUAAUCUUAAUCUUGCUCUGAUUUGUUAUCCUGAGGGUCCCAGAGAUAAAAUGUAGCAUAGUUUUGUUUGAUAUUCAAAUGUAACUGGGUUCUACAGUUUGAACCCCUGUUGUCUCUGGCUCCACACCCACCCCUCCCGGCCAUCUAGAUGUGUGAAAGUUAGUGUAUAAGCUAAUGAUCUGUUAUGUAUGACAUUACUGGGAGUGUGUAAACUUACAUUUUGUAUUACCAUAUCAUUUUUGUAUGUUCUCUAUAGUUAUGUACUUGAAAAUUUAUCAAUUCGGCACAUUUGGGCAGACUUGAUACAAAAUAGUCCAGUAUUGCAAUGCUUCAUUGGAUCAAUCUGAAACUUUGCGCACACACUGCAAAAUCUAAAUUGCGCCUAAACAGCAAUAUUAUAUUGUGGCCUUUCUCUUGAAUUUCAAAACAUGUUUUUUUGUUUGUAUUAUCUUUUACCAGAUCUAAUGUGUAAUAUUCUCCUACAUUCAUUUCACAUAUCCACAAACUUCAAAGGGUUUCCUUUCAAAUGGUAUCAAGAAUAUGCAUAUCCUUGCUUCAGGUCCUGCACUACAGGCAGUUAGAUUUGGGUAUGUCAUUUUAGGCGAAAAUCUGAUACUUAAGAGGUUAACAGAACUUCCACUUUAGAUGUUGUGCAAUAACAUUAAAUUAGAUAGGAUGAAUCUGGCUUGGAUCAUUGUCUUAAGUCAGAUAGUGUGACUAUUCCACCUGCACUGAUCUGUCUCGGGUCUCGCAAAGGGUAAUGGGAUAGAUCAAAAGUAGUUUGGCUACAAUGUGCUGUCUAAUGUGCUAAAAUAUCACCUAGGUGACAUCGUCUGCUGAAAAACAGUCUGAAUUAACCUAAGCUAAAACAAUAAAAAUGUCAACGUUUUACAUAUUUUUUACAUCUAGCUAAGGAUUUUUGUGCCUCACCGAGCAGUAUUUCUGAAGUUUGGCAGUGGGUUGAAAGCUAGCAUAAAUGUGUCCAACAUAGCUUGCUAGCUGAGCCUGUCAAUGAAAUGAUGCCGCUAACCAACCAGUGCCUAUUUCAUGGAGUUAAUUGAGAGCGCAGUGAUAGAAAAAAUGAGGAACUAUGUUUUCAUGUUUGAAUGACGGAUUGUCGGGAAUCUCAACAUUUUAGGAUGAGUUCCACGUCCUACAGGACAGAUCGGUUGAGGGACGAGCGUCGCGUAGGAGUGAUGCGAUUUGACGUAAGACAAUGGUCUUGGAUAGCUCACAUCCACUGGUACCACAGACUGUCUGUCUCAUCUUCAUAGUGAUAGUCUCAGUGAAUUGUAGAGAUAGACUAGUCAUUAUGAAGCUCCAUAGUAGGCCUGUUCAUUCAUUAGUCUUCCAGUGUACAGUGUGUGAACGCAGGACUCGCCAGUGCCUCUCUGAAGACUACUGGACUUGUCUGGCCAGUGAAACAUUAGUGGACUUGUCUUCUAUAGAGUAAUGAGCUCAUCUCUGCAAGGCACCAAAGACGGACCUUCAUUUUCUGCACUGGUUGUAGUCUGUAGUUUUACAUGACUUUCAUUCCAUGAAGCCACUGUGUUGCUUUGUUGUGUUGCUGCUGGUAGGAAAGGCAUUAGCUGAGAGAGUCCGCUAAAGUUCAGUGCACUGUGAUUCUAUAUGCUGUGAUUCUUCUCUCUCUGAGGGCAGAUCCACUGAGCUUAACACAAUCUAGACUGUUUCACCUCAUUCUCCUGUAUUGCUUGAAGCCCAUCCAUAUGGUGUAUGGCAGGGGUAGGCAACUAGAUUCAGCCGCAGGUCGAUUUUUGUCGGAGUGAAUGGGUGGGGGGCCGGAACAUAAUUUGUAUAAUUUUUUUACUUUUUUUAAUCGACCACAACUAGGCCCAAAAAGAGAUUGUAUUUGAAAAUAACAAUAAUUUCAUACCUUGAUUACAUUGACACACGAUCACAUGCAUACAUACAGGUAACUGGCAAAAUAAAGAAACCACCAACAUAAAGUGGCUUAAUAGGGCGUUGGACCGCCACGUUUUAAAAAACAAAAACGGGGAUACCAAAAAACAAUGCUUGCGGGAUGGUUUUGGCCGACAGGCCGCCUGUUGCGGUCCCCUGGUGGAUGGUGUGUUUUGACAGUGGGGCUAUAUGCAGAGUUAUAUGCUCUGAUGAGAACAGGCCUGCACUGUUGACAGGACUAUGUAAAUACACCAUCCACACCAUAUGAGGAUGCAAUCCACCAACUGGUUGCUCUAAAGCAGAUCUGGUUUUAUUAACCGAUUUCUACAAUAGUGUUGUCAAGGUGUAAGAGGAUAUUUUAAGGCCUAUUCCUUUUGAUUGGGCCUUUUUGUUUUAUGUGUAGCCUACACUGAGUGUACAGUGUGUAGGCCUAUGCUGUGUUCCGGGGCCCACUAUCCAAAAUGUUCCCCAGCCAGCCUGUCUCCUCAGUAGCCAGGGAUUCCACGGAGAGAAGAUGGUGUGAGAAUAGACCAUAACACUGCUCCUCUCCUCUCCGUCACUGUUUUCCUGUUCUACUGGUCUGCCAGGACCUCUGUGGCUGGCUGGCUCUCUCAGCGUUUGGCAGGCGUUGUGGGAACGUCACGCUGGGGAAGCCUGCUUGUGCUUGCGUGUGGGUUAUUAAGCAACUUCUGAGCUGGACUGAGCAGCAGCGAUGGGUUGGGGGGUUGAAUGGGAGGAGAGGCUGGGUGCUAGCCUAGCCUGUUAGCAGGAAGACAGUGUGUCAUGGGCGGGAGGGUAUAAGAGGGAGAGGCCCUGGGGGGAAGCUCCAGCUUGACUCAGGGAGGAGCUUUGUCACAGCAGAUAGGCUGGGCUGGUUUAGUCUGUGUGAGGAGGGAGAGGAAAGGCCUGGGGUUGUUGCUCUGUUAGCUAGCUGGUGUAGUGUAGAACUGUGGGUGUGGGGCUAGGAGUGGUAGCUGUGCAUUCGGUCCUGCUCUGUUGCUGCUCACCCACUGAGACAGCCUUGGCAUGAAGCCCAGAUCUGCAUGGAGUUAGUUGGAGUUUCGUAUCUAUGUAUAUAUCUAUCUAUCCAUCUCUCUCUUGUGCUUUCUCUCCAUUCUCUUAUUUCUCUACUCUCUCACUGUUUCCUCUCAUACACUGAUUGUAUGUAUAUUUCUUGGUUUCUCUGUCUCUCGCUCUCUCCUUCUCUGACACAUGCUUUUCUUCAUGGCUAGAAGAUGAAACCGGUUUUGUAGUGCUGCUCUGCUGGUUGGGAGGAGGUAGUGCAGUCAGUGUUUCUGUUUCUGUUAUCUGGCUGUAAAAUAGUCAGAUUAACCCUCUCAGGACUGGAACAGCCCCGAGUUACUUUGGCCAAAAUUCAACACCACAUUGGAGUUUGCAUUUAGUCUUUAGCUCACUUUCAUUUCAGUGCUCUGCUCUUAUCUAAAGAGCUGACUCUCUUGCUUUCUCUCACAUGCUUUCUUCCUCUCUUACUGUAUAACUUUCAUUUUCUCUCUUUCUGUUUUACCUUCAUGUUCUCUUUGUGUGUGUGUCAGCUUGUGUUCGUUUAUGGGGUGUGAGAGCUGCAUAACUUUAGAAAUAACUGUUCAGGCUAAAUACUGCAAUACGGUUUUGAUUGCACGGGGCCCUUUGUCCUGUUCAGCAGCUGCUGUUUUUUUGUCUUUGUUUAAUUAUUUUCAUCUCUGUCUUUUAUCAGUUAUAGGAAGCCCAACCGUUCCAUUCUGGCUGACAGGAAAUCAAGCUCUUGACCCGUGUUUCUAGUUCAGGAUGAAUUGGCCUGGAUCAGCAAGGCUUUCUUUGCUUUUGAAGCUGCCUGCUUUUGACUCUAUUAAGGAAAUGUUUACCCGUUGAUUCCAUGCACAUUUAUAGCAAAAAUGUUACUGUUCAAAGGCCCGUUGUUUCAGGAAGAAAGAACACUACUACCUUAUGAGUUAUGUGCCCGUGUCAAGGAAAUCACACUACAAACAAUCACCCUCAUGCUCUUAAGGAAAUCGUGAAUGUCAUGGAUACAUUAGAACUAGUAGAUAUAUGGAGGCUUAAAUAUCCUGAUCUAGUGAGGUAUACAUGGCGGAGACUCAAUCAAGCUAGUCGUCUUGACUUCUUUCUUAUGUCAUUCUCGUUGGCACCAAAAGUGUUGAUAGGGGACAGAAUGCGGUCGGACCGUCAUAUAAUUGGCAUAUACAUUACUCUUACUGAAUUUCCACGUGGGCGAGGAUAUUGGAAAUUUUUUUCACCUUUUAAAUGUGCCUUUAGAGGCCAUGCAAUUCAGUACUCAUCUCGAAAACAAAAGCAAUUUAGGUCAAAAGAGUCCACACUAACAAAGGAAAUAGAAGGUCUAACAGAACAGAUAGAUAGCAAAAAAAAAAUGUAACAAAGAGGCUCAGAAUAAAUUAGAGGAAAAACUAAAAGAAAUGGAGAAACUUAUUCAAGAAAGAUCAAGUGUAAUAUAUUAUAAAAAAUAAAGCAAACUGGAUGGAAUACGGGGAAAAAUGCACCAAAUUAUUUUUUAAAUCUUCAACAUAGGAAUGCUACCAAAAAUAAUUUAUUGAAACUGGUUACAAAUGAUGGAGUCACCCAUGAUUCACCAAAUUAUAUUUUGAAGGAGGAAUCAAAGUACUUUAAGCGUAUGUUUUCGUUUCAGUCGCCUCCACCUCCUCUAACUGAAGCAAAUUGUAGAGAUUUGUUUUCUAUUGAUAAUGUAACAUUAACAGCUAUACAGAAAGACUCAUGUGAAGGUGAAUUAAAGAGAAGGAACUUCUGGAUGCAAUUAAAGGCUUUAAGUCCGGGAAAACUCCAGGGUUGGAUGGCAUACCAGUCGAGGUAUACCAAACCUUUUUUGAUAUACUCAGAGGACCGUUAUUAGCAUGUUUUAACCACUCCUAUGUAAAUGAUAGAUUAUCAGACACUCAAGAAGAAGGUCUGAUUUCAUUAUUACUGAAACAGGAUACAAGUGGAAAAUAUAAAGAUCCAGUCCAUUUUAAAAAUUGGAGGCCCCUUACACUUCAGUGUUGUGAUGCAAAAUGUAUAGCGCAUAUAAUUAAAAAGGUAUUGUCGGACAUUAUUCAUUCUAAUCAGACAGGUUUUUUACAUGGGCGAUACAUUGAGAUAAUAUAAGGCAAGUACUGGAAACAAUAGAACACUAUGAAAAAUCUGUGAAACCAGGCCUGCUAUUCAUAGUAGACUUCGAAAAGGCAUUUGAUAAAGUACGACUGGGGUUUAUAUAUAAAUGCCUGGAGCAUUUCAAUUUUGGACAAUCUCUUUAUAAAUUGGGUUAAAAUCAUGUAUAGUAACCCUAGGUGUAAAAUAGUAAAUAAUGGCUAUUUCUUUUAAAGUUUUUAAACUGUCAAGAGGAGUGAAACAAGGUUGUCCACUAUUGGCAUAUCUGUUUAUUAUGGCCAUCGAAAUGUUAGCUAUUAAAAUCAGAUCCAAAAAUAAUAUCAAGGGAUUAGAAAUCCAGGGCUUAAAAACAAAGGUGUCAUUGUACACUGAUGAUUCAUGUUUUCUUUUAAAUCCACAACUUGAAUCCCUCCACAGCCUCAUAGAGGAUCUAGAUACCUUUUCUAACCGCUCUGGAUUACAACCAAAUUAUGAUGAAUGUACUAUAUUACGAAUUGGAUCACUAAAAAAUUAAAUAUUUACAUUACCAUGUAGUUUACCAAUACAAUGGUCUGAUGGUGAUGUGGAUAUACUCGGAAUACAUGUCCCAAAUCAAAUAAAUGAUCUCACUCCAAUACAUUUUAAUAGAAAGUUAGCAAAAAUAGAUAAGAUCUUACUACCAUGGAAAGGAAAAUACCUGUCAAUUUGUGGAAAAAUCACCCUGAUUAACUCUUUAGUAUUAUCCCAGUUUACCUAACAGUUUUUUAAAUGAUAGGAGGAAAAAAUAUUCAAUUUUAUUUGGAACGGCAAGCCAGACAAAAUUAAACGGCCCUAUUUAUAUAAUGAAUAUGAAUUCGGAAGACAGAAAUUAUUCAAUAUUAAAGCAUUAGACCUAUCACUAAAAGCUUCAGUCAUACAAAAGUUAUACUUAAAUCCAAAAUGGUUCUCUAGCAAUGUUCAAGAAUGGCCUUUUUCCCUUUAUUCAGAUUACAACCUCUCACUUUCAGUUAUUUGAAAAGGAAAUAAUCCCCCAAAUAUCACUAUUUCUAAAACAAGGCAUCGAAAGUUGGUUGCAAUUUCAAUUUAAUCCUCCAGAAACAACAGAACAAAUAUUGCAACAAAUAUUGUGGUUAAACUCAAAUAUACUAAUUGAUAAAAAACAAUUUUAUUCUGACAAAAUGUUUAAAAAAGGUAUAAUCUUCGUAAAUGAUAUUAUCGGUAGGACUGGUGGAGUUAUGUCGCACACGCAGCUAACAAAAACAUAUGGAUAUAUCUGCUCUACCCAAAAUUACAACCAAAUAAUUGUAAAGUUGGUUGUUGAUCAUUGCUAGAUAGCCAUUUUCAAGUCAUGCCAUAGAUUUUCAAGCUGAUUUAAGUCAAAACUGUAACUAGGCCACUCAGGAACAUUCAAUGUCGUCUUGGUAAGCAACUCCAGUGCAUUCAGAAAGUAUUCAGACCCCUUUUUCCACAUUUUGUUACGUUACAGCCUUAUUCUAAAAUUGAUUAAAUACAUGUUUUUCCUCAUCAAUCUACACACAAUACCUCAUAAUGACAAAGUGAAAACAGGUUUUAAGACAUUUUUUCAAAUGUAUUACAAAAUAAAAAACCGAUACCUUAUUUACGUAAGUAUUCCAACCCUUUGCUAUGAUACUCGAAAUUGAGCUCAGGUGCAUCCUGUUUCCAUUGAUCAUCCUUGAGAUGAUUCUACAACUUGAUUGGAGUCCACCUGUGGUAAAUUCAAUUGAUUGGACAUGAUUUGGAAAGACACACACCUGGCUAUAUAAGGUCCCACCGUUGACAGUGCAUGUCAGAGCAAAAACCAAGCCAUGAGGUUGUAGGAAUUGUCCGUAGAGCUCCGAGACAGGAUUGUGUCGAGGCACAGAUCUGGGGAAGGGUACCAAAACAUUUCUGCAGCAUUGAAGGUCCCAAAGAACACAGUGGCCUCCAUCAUUCUUAAAUGGAAGAAGUUUGGAACAACCAAGACUCUUCCUAGAGCUGGCCGCCUGGCCAAACGGAGUAAUCGGGGGAGAAGGGCCUUGGUCAGGGAGGUGACCAAGAACCACUCUGACAGAGCUUCAGAGUUCCUCUGUGGAGAUGGGAGAACCUUCCAGAAGGACAACCAUCUCUGCAGCAUUCCACCAAUCACGCCUUUAUGGUAGAGUGGAAGCCACUCCUCAGUAAAAGACACAUAACAGCUCGCUUGGAAUUUGCCAAAAGGCACCUAAAGGACUCUCAGACCAUGAGAAUCAAGAUUCUCUGGUCUGAUGAAACCAAGAUUGAACUCUUUGGCCUGAAUGCCAAGCGUCACAUCUGGAGGAAACCUGGCACCAUCCCUACGGUGAAGCAUGGUGGUGUUUUUCAGCGGCAGGGAGACUAGUCAGGAUCGAGGGAAAGAUGAACGGAGCAAAGUACAGAGAGAUUCUUGAUUAAAACCUGCCCCAGAGCGCUCGGGACCUCAGACUGGGGUGAAGGUUCACAUUCCAACAAGACAACAACCCUAAGCACACAGCAAAACAACGCAGGAGUGGCUUCGGGACAAGUUUCUGAAUGUCCUUGAGUGGUCCAGCCAGAGCACAGAUUUGAACCCGAUUGAACAUCUCUGGAGAGACCUGAAAAUAGCUGUGCAGCAACGAUGUGAUAUUUCAGGGUUUUAAAAAAAAAAUAAAGAAAUGCAGAAAAUUCUAAAAACCAGUUUUUGCUUCGUCAUUAUUGGGUAUUGUGUGUAGAUUGAUGAGGGAAAAAACGAUUUAAUCAAUUUUAGAAUAAGGCUGUAACGAAUCAAAAUGUGGAAAAAGUGAAGGGGACUGAAUACCUUCUGAAUGCACUGUAUAUUUGGCCUUGUGUUUUAGGUUAUUGCCCUGGUGAAAGGUGAAUUUGUUUCCCAGUGUCUGUUGGAAAGAAGAAUGAACAAGGUUUUCAUUUAGGAUUUUCCCUGCACUUAGCUUAAUUUGGUUAAUGUUUAUCCUAAACAACAAGCAUACCAAUAACAUGAUGCAGCCACCACCACGCUUCAAAGUAUGAAGACUGGUACUCAGUGAUGUGUUGUCUUGGAUUUGACCCAAACAUAAGGCUUCGUAUUCAGGACAUAAACUGAAUUUCUUUGCCACAUGUUUGGCAGUUUUACGUUAGUGCCUUAUUGCAAACAGGAUGCAUGUUUUGGAAUAUUUAUAAUUCUGUACAGGCUUCCUUUUUACUCUCAUUUAGGUUAGUAUCGAGGAGUAACUACAAUGUUGUUCCAUCCUCAGUUUUCUCUUAUUACGGUCAUUCAACUCUGUAACUGUUUUAAAGUCACCAUUGGCCUCAUGGUGAAAUCCCUGGGCGGUUUCCUUUCUGUCUGGCAACUGAGUUAGGAAGGACGCCUGUAUUUCUGUAGUGACUGGGUGUAUUCAUCACCACCCAAAGUGUAAUUCAUAACUUCACCAUGCUCCAAAGGAUAUUCAAUGUUGCAUUUUACAUAUUUAUCGUUCUACCAAUAGGUGCCCUUCUUUGCGAGGCAUUGGAAAACCGCCCUGGUCUUUCUGGUUGAAUCUGUGUUUGAAAUUCACUGCUCGACUGAGGGACCUUACAGAUAAUUGUAUGUGUGGGGUACAGAGAUGAAGUAGUCAUUAAAAAAUCAUGUUAAACACUAUUAUUGCACACAGAGUCCAUGCAACUUAUGUGACUUGCAUAACAAAGGGGUUGAAUACUUAUUGACUCAAGACAUUUCAGCUUUUCAUUUGUAAUUAAUUUGUAAACAUUUCUAAACAUAAUUCCACUUUGACAUUAUGGGUUAUUGUGUGUAUGCCAGUGACACAAUCUAAUUUUAAUCCGUUUUAAAUUCAGGCUGUAACACAACAAAAAUUUGAAAAAGUCAAGGGGUGUAAAUACUUUCUGAAGGCACUGUAGGUCAUGUGUCUGUGUGGACUGUACAUUAGGUUAUCCCUAACCUGCUUUUCCCCUGACCCCUAUCUAGAGAGAAGACACAGCUCGUCCAGCAAGCCCACCUCCACCUUAGCCACCUCCUCACCCCUGUCUCGGAGCAGGAGCAGUGGGACGGGUGGUGGGGGUGUCAGCGGAGGGGCCAUGGGGCGCUCUUCCAGUGGGACCAGCGCCUCGUCCAACUCCAAAAUCCUCAAACCAGCCAAAGAGAAGCUGCCAGGCAUCCAGCAGAGACCUCACUUCCCUCCCUUCAGGAUGCUCAACGACAAGAUGUAAGUCAUGUCUAGCCUAGCCAUGCUGGUGAACCAUGCUGAACUCUAGUAAAACGUAUUGUCAUGUUGAACUUCAGCCUAGGACUGGGCGAUAUGGCUCAAUGUUUUUCCAAUAUAUGGGCGAUUCACGAUACAGUGUAUAUCUAAAUAUUUUUAGUGUUUUUUCCUAAAUAAGCUUUGUUGCACAAUUAAAGGUCACUGCAUUUCAAACAGUCAGCAAUAAUCUAAUGAAAGGGGCGGAGCUGGACAGUUUUUCCUGCCCAAAGUCGACCUUUCAAAUGUUUAUUUAAUCCUAACCUUAAAGCGUAGUCUCAGCGAUAUGACGUAGAUGCAGAAAGUAAACAGCAUAGUGGGUCAAUUUCCGCAGCAACUAAGAGCGCUAAAGUGUGAGGCUCAACUUCUCUGUUGUUUUGCGUGAAGCGCAAGCGUGAAGCGAACCCGUUCACAUGUACAGAUACUGUGCAUCUCACUCAUCUCAUUUCAGUAUUUUGCUGAGUCUACCUUUAACCAUAACCACACUGCUAACCUUAUGCCUAACCCUAACCUUAAGUUAAGACCAAAAAGCACAUUCUUGUUUUCAUAGUUAUUCAUAAUAUAGUCCAUUUUGACUUUGUUGCUAUAGUAACUAGUGGAAAUUCAGUUGUGAGUGGCAGGGGAGGGGCUUGGUGUGUCUAUGAGUGAGAAGGUGCACACAGGACAGAAAGAGAUGAGACCAAAAAGACAACAUGAGAACAAGCAGACAUAAACGCUCAUAAAUAAUACAAAAUAAUCUUGAUUCUUGCGAGACAGGCAUUUGGAAUUUUGCACUAAAACAUCAAUUCAAAUUAAUUCGAUAUAUCGGCCAGCCCUACUUCAGUCCCCUGCUUCUUAAAGCCCUGCUUCACGUUUGUUUUGAUCCUCUGAGUUAGAUCUUAUCUCUUCAUCUUAGGUCCUCUCCCUGCUCCUCAGAAGUCUAGCUCUGUCGGAAGUCUUCCUGUGCUACUCUCUGUCUAAAUGAGCCCCUUAAAGAGUUAGUUUUAAAAAUAGAUCCUUUAUCGAACUCCAUUUGCAACCACUCAAAACAUGUUGGCUUUCUGCUUGAGGAUUUGAACACAUUUCAAACUCUUCCUACAGCUGUUCUGUUAAAAUGAAACGUUUUUUCUGAAGUAUUUGAUGCUGCUAUAGAUGAAUGAACUCCCUCUAUCCCUCGCUUUCUCCACCUCCGUCCAUCCCUCUCUUCCAGCCUGACCCCUGCGGUCAAAGUGGAGAAGAUGCGUCUGAAGGUGGAUUCGUCGGCCAAGAUGGUGCAGGUUCCCUCGGCCCCCUUAUCGUCCUCUUCCUCCAGCAGCACUGUGAGCUCCUCGUCACCCCUGAAGCCAGGCCUUAACUGUCCCUCCAUACCAAAGGCUCCCCUGCUGGCCCCCGGCCAGAUCCCCAACGGCAAGGGCCAUCUCUCCCUUUCUGCCCUGGACAAGAAGCAGGACAACAGCGCCAGUAGCAGACAACACCUCUACAAGAGACUGUCAGGUGAGAGGAGAUGAUAGGGGUUUAUGUCUGUAGGAUGUUUUGUUUUAAAGGUCCAAUGCAGCUGUUUUUAUCUCAAUAUCAAAUCAUUUCUGGGUAACAGGUAAGUACCUUACUGUGAUUGUUUUCAAUUAAAGAGCAAUUUCUCAAGCAAGAAUUUUGCUAGGACUGUCUGGGAGUGGUCUGAGUGGGGAGGGGAAAACUGAAAACUAGCUGUUAUUGGCAGAAAUGCCACUAACUGAAUACUAUGUUUCUCUGCUACCGCUCUCUCUUCCUUUCUACCUCUCCUGUUCUCUCUCUCCUCCAUCAGAACGUGAGUUUAAUCCAGAUAUCCACUGUGGAGUCCUGGAUAUGACAGCUCGGAAGCCAUGCACACGAUCCCUAACAUGCAAGGUACCAAGCCCUCUCUUCUGCCCCCUCUCUUUCUCUCUGUUCUGUGUGGUUAUGAAUUAUUCCAUGUCACAGCCUUCAGAUACUCAGAGUGCAGCUCACCCUGACCUAACAUACGUUUUGGCCUUCUCCCUCCCUCAGACACAUUCCCUAAGCCAGCGGAGGGCAGUGCUGGGCCGGAGGAAACGGUUCGACACACUGUUGGCUGAGCACAAAAGCAAAGCCCGGGAACGGGAACUGCAGCACCCCCACCCCCAGCAGACCACCCCUCUCAGGGAACCCCACCCCUCCCCCUCCCGGCUUGCCCCCCACCACGACGCCCACCAGGUGCCUCAUGGCAACGGAGCCACCGACGUCACCAAGCCUUUGGCGUUUGGCAAGCCCAGACCUCACAAUCUUGGUCUUCCACGGUGAGUCACUUCACGUGCUCUUCCUGGGUUCUCAACAUCCAACAACUACUUUUUGCAGUGUGGUACAGCCAGUACCUGCAUCCCUGAUGUGUGUUCCUAAAUCACUGUUUCCUCUGCACUCAGACUGAACAGCAUUAUUUCUCACGGAGGUGGGGGUACCCCGGGAGACCCCUUGUCGGUCCACGAGUCGCCCCACCCCUCUACGUCCGCCCCCGACGGGGUCUCCCGCCUGUCCAGUGACGAGGGGGAGAGGGAGGAGAGCACAGACAAACUGGACUGUCACUAUUCAGGUUACCACCCACGGCCGGCAGCUGUAAGUUCACCACAAGUUCACUUUAUAUUUGACUCUUACAGGAAUAUGCUCUACAUUUAUUAAGCUCCUUAAAUUCACAUCACAGCAACAAUGAAACAACAGCAUAGCCAGAUGUGUGAAAAAUCUGUCCUUAUCCAGUUUUGACAGGCCCUAUAAACAGUACCAACCUCCAUUGAGUGGCAGCUUGCACCGUGCAUGGGAAGCAGCAGUGUGUGUGAUUGAUUGGUUUGUGUUAACUAUUUCCAUCCCUGCUGCUCAGUUUUGUACCUUUGGAAGUCAACUGUUUGGGAGAAGCUGCUACUCGUUUGACCGGCGCUGGGAUCGAAUGCGAUGUGCUCUUACCGCCAUGAUGGACAAGCACGUCAACACUCAGAUGUGGAAGUAAGUCUGUGCACAUUCAUUAGACCAGAGUUCCUUCCAUAAUACCUACCUAAUUCACAAACCUAUUGCAAAAUCACAGAGGCAGGGAGCAAUAGUGUUGCAGGGUGAUGAAAGGAGAUGUAUGGGACACCAUAAGCUAGCAGUUCCAGUGUCUCUCCAGGACUGUCCUGCGCUGACCCCUCUCUAGGUGUAAAUGUUACUGAUGGGGAUGCUCAUGGUGGUCUGUUUGUGUUAUAGGAAAAUCCCUUUCGCCUUGGAGAACUCCUCCUCCUCUUCUUCCUCUGCACCGGCCCACAGGACAACCACAAACUCCAUGUCCUCAUCCCACGGUAGCGCCCCUGUCUCGGGCUUCCUCAGCCCCUCCUCUGCGCCCCUUCCGCCCCCCUACACUCAUUCCUACGACAGCAAGUCUGUGCUCUCGUACGGGACCACCUUAAACGCCCGUGCCUCCCCGCAGGGCGCAGCCGACCACCCUGCCUACAGCGCAGCACAGGCCAGACAAGUGUCUUCGUCGCCCCAGAUGCCUUCAACCCACUCCUCGGUCCCCUCCCUGGCUUCAGGACGACCGCUCAAGUCCAGAUCCAGCGUCAAGUCCUUCAGACCCCGGGAGUCCUCCUCCACAGCUGCCAUAACCAACUCCACCUGCGGGGGCAGCAGUGGAGGCAGUAGCCUCAGCUCGGGGAAGAAGAGGAAGAACAGCUCCCUCCCUACAUCGUCUCACGCUACCACCUACUCCUCAGAGUCCUCUUCCUCCUCCAACACCACCCCUUCCUCCUUCAAGAAGAACUGCAUGGUAAACAGUGGCAGCUCAGGGAGCACGUACCACCACGCCUCGCUAGUCCCCCCCUCCUCCUCCUCGUCUCACAGUGGCGUCCACAGUGUGGGACUCAACUGUGGCCCCAACGCCAGGACCAACUCCCUCAGUCUGAAGGCAGAGCCCUCGGGGCCAGCUGGGGUGUCGGGGCCCGGGGUCAGAGGCCCCCCCUCGGGCAGCCCGGCCGAGUCCAUCAAGAGGAUGAGUGUGGUGAUGAACAGCAGUGACUCCACCCUCUCCCUGGGGCCCUUUGUCCACCAGGCCUCAGAGCACCACAGCAGCUUCAGCCAUGCCCACACUGACGUCCGCCUGGAGGGGAAGAAACGCAAGGGCUCCCCCGCUGUCAGCUCCAUCAACAGUGGAGGAGGUUUAGGGGGCGGUGGAGGGGGGCCGGGCAGGCCCAAAGUGGCCAAGUCUCCAGCCAUCAACAACAUCCACAGCAAACAUGGACGAACAAUCCCAGGAGCCACGGGGCUCCCCAACAACUCCCUCAUCCAUCAGGUGGGUUGGACACCUCACACACUGGCUGCUAAUGCCUAUCAUCAACCAGUCAAUCUCUUUAUCUGUUGGAAAAUUCACUGUGCAGUCAGGACUUGUAUAUCUUCAACAUGUACAUGUGACCACAUAUAGACUUGAGAAAAAAACAUUAAACUAAAAAUCACCAAUGAAUGAAUGUUGUAAUUUAUCAUCUAACUUCCCUGCCCCUCUCUCUCUCUCUCUCUCUCUCUUGCUCUCCUCAGCCAAAGGCCCGCCCCUGA